UCGGUGACCGGAUUGCGCUUACACGGAUCGUACCCAGUUCAGAGUCAAUUCAAACGCCCCUACCAACAGAAGGUGGAGUUAUUAACCGUGCAAGUGCGAAGAAGAGGCUUUACGAGGCAUCAGCAAGGCGUCAGCGUUUCGAAAACAUCCAGGAACAGCUUGGCAAACGGAAAAAUGGUGUCCGCCGAAACGAUCGGUUCCAUUUUCAUCAAAGUGUUCAAAGUGAUCAUCAACAUUGUGGUCCUGAUCAUCUACCGUACCGGAUAUGGCGGAGACUUCCUCGGUAUCGGUGGCACCUGGAACCUGAACGAGGAGAAAAGUCCCGAUGCGGAAAUCGUGGCCUCGGGUGUGUUCGUCGGUUUCAUCAUCUACACCGGCGUGCAGAUGAUCACGUUCGGCUUCGGCACCACCAAGCACAAGUACGAGCUGUCCGAUACGAUCAUGAACGUCGUCGGAACGUUCAUGUGGGUUGCCGUCGGUGGUACCGCACUGCACUACUGGCACGGCUAUCUCGCGGAACAUGACUUCGGGAACAUAACGUCCGAGAGAACGGCUGGCCUAGCGCUUGGAGCGCUCUGCGUCAUCAACGGUGCCCUGUAUCUGGCCGACUCCGUGCUCGCCUUCAUACACUACACUAAAUACGCCUAACUUUAAGAUGGAUUAUAAGUGAAAAUUGCUGACAUUGUUUAGGUAUUAAUGUAGCUUAGUACGAUGGCCCCCCUAAGUAAUAGCGUUUAGUUUAUCGCCCUCACGCCAAACUCUUCGGUAAUAGCAAAAAGAAAACAAGCUGACAGGUUGUUUUUUUACACCUCGGAACCCUCUGUAUGUCUCAUUGAGUAAGACUUGAGUAAACAUCAACUAACCUCCGCACUACAGGUUCGGCACUAACGACAGCGAAGCCCUUCAACUGAUGCCCGGUGACCUGUACCGUGUAACAAGAAAAGGUACCAAUAAAAUUAG